UAAGAGGAAGACCUCAAUAUUGCCUCAUUAACUUCCACACCACAUUGUUAUUUCCUCUUGAAUCAUGGGAACCUCUGUGUCACUGUUCAGCUUCUUCAAAGUUCCACUCCUCUUCAUCCUCUGGCUUCCAAAGCAUUCAGCUGACCCAGAUCAGCUGAAGGCCCCGAGGUUAAUUAGAGCCGCAAAUGGAGGAUCCUUGACUGUAUCUUGUUGGUACGACUCUCAGUUCAGAGACAACUCAAAGUAUUGGUGUAGGGGGGCAGUAUAUGAGUUUUGUAAGAUUGUAGUGAAAACGCCAAAGCAACGCAAUCACAACAGAUGGUCCAUCGCUGAUGACAAGGAGGCAGGAGCCUUCAUUGUUACUAUGACGUCUGUCAGGCAAAGUGAUGGGGACAAGUAUUGGUGUGUUGUUGCCAGGCCUGGGAGGAAUAUUGUCGCUGGGGUCAAGCUCAUCGUAUCCAACAAAGUAAUAGCGCCGACCAGCACAAUGCCAGAAAAUUCAUCAGAGUCAAAUGAACAAGACAAAACACGGUGGUGGGAGCCUCUUCGAUGGAUAAUUUUUUCAUCAAUGCUGUUUAGUUUGGUAUCGGCCCAUGGAGCUGUGUGGAGGAUAAAGGCUGCUCAUAAAACAUAAAAUAUGACACAGCAACGUCCCUCAACAAAACACCAAUAUUUAUGGGUGAAAACUAAUAAAUGAUAAGGUGUGAAGUGUAAAAUAUUAUCAAAGACAAAAAUACACACAUACAUGCAUCUUUAAAAAAAAUCCUUCAGUAUACAUUCUUGUGAUGUGGGAAUAAAAGCCUUCUUGCUGUCAAAAUGUGAUAAAGUAAUUUGUUUAAGAAGCCUGAAUUCUGUUUUUAUGU